UGUUUUGCGCCAUUGCGUAUUCAUAGUAUAUAUAUGUACAUUUCUUGAAUGAAAACCAACACAAACCCAUCUCCAAUCCCUUCAUCUGAGGAAACCCUUUUGACGGCUUACUCAGUUGCGUCGGUUUUUUGCCUUGGAGAUCUCCGAGUAUUUUGAUCUCUUCUUCUUCUGCUGAACCGACAACAACUAAGUAAAGUUCAACGUUCAACUCUAGCUUGUGUUGUGUCUCUUUUUAUCAGCACUCGUUUCUUCGAGGUAUCAAUUUUCAAGAAGACUUCUUUGAAAGCUAUGAGUGCAGAUUCAAAAAAAUCCACUUCAAAUGGAGGUGAAAAUCCUUUGAUAUCUGAAGAGCAGCAGGAAAAGAUUGAUGAGGUUAGAAGGUUGGUUGGGCCAUUGCCAGAUAAGUUGUCUAUUUAUUGUUCUGAUGCAUCAAUCUCACGAUAUUUGAAGGCACGAAACUGGAAUGUGAAGAAGGCAACUAAAAUGCUAAAAGAUACCUUGAAAUGGCGAUUGGAAUACAAGCCGGAAGAGAUUAGAUGGGAUGAGGUUGCUCGUGAGGCAGAAACAGGAAAAAUUUACAGGUCAAAGUAUGCAGACAAGCAUGGGAGACCAGUUCUUGUCAUGAGACCGAGUUGCCAGAACUCAAAGUCAACAAAAGCACAAAUUAGGUACUUGGUGUAUUGCAUGGAGAAUGCAAUUAUGAAUCUACCACAACACCAGGAAGAGAUGGUCUGGCUGAUUGAUUUCCAUGGUUACAAUUUGUCAAAUAUCUCAGUCAUGUCAACACGGGAAACAGCCCAUGUUUUGCAAGACUAUUAUCCUGAGAGGCUGGGUGUUGCAAUAUUAUACAACCCACCCAAGUUCUUUGAACCAUUCUGGACGUUGGUAAAGCCAUUUUUAGAGCAAAAGACAGCCAACAAAGUCAAGUUUGUUUACUCAGGUGAUCCUAAUACCAUGAAAAUAGUGGAGGACCUAUUUGACAUGGACCAACUCGAAUCUGCAUUUUCUGGUAAGGAUAAUGCAGGUUUUGACAUUAAUAAAUAUGCUGAAAGAAUGGGUGAAGAAGAUAAGAGGAUGCAAUCUUUUUGGGCAAGAGGCAACAAUGCUUGUGAGGCAGCACAUCAUCCAUCCCUCACUACUGACACCGGUUUCAAUCCUACAAAUUUGGAGUCAGAUUCUGGUGUCUUGGAUGACAAAGCAGAUAAAUCUUCGUCUCAAGAAUAGUUAAGUAUUCAUAACCCUCUUUCGCAAAUUGGUGAAUCCCGCAAUCUAAAAGAGUUAUGCAUGCAAUCCUAAUGGUUGUUAACCAGACAUCUGACUGGGCGGGGGGUUUGAGUACUCAAAAGUAUGAUUUAUGAAUUCUUUCUCUUCCUUCUGUUCCAUUAAGCAUGCCAUUGAUUAGCAAAAUGUUCUUUUGAAUUUUCUCUGACUGAUAACAUUCUCUUAUGGAGAAAUACUCUAUCUACUUAAAUUCUUAUUAACAAUCUUACUAAAAACAUACAUGCCCAAACA